UAAAUAAAAGCGAAAUUUAUAGAUGGACAGUAGCGAAGAUCAGUGAGAACACGAACGGUAUUUUCGAAUUUUAGAUGAGAAGUUUGAGUCUGGCUUCCAAAUAAAAUGUUUUCAAUUACAUCUCGAACGUUUGAAGACAUUCAAAGUUCCAUAACGCAAAUUAAAACUGGCCAUACAGUUCCCAUUCAAAUACUUUUGCUUACAUCUACAUUAGCUUUAUUUAUAUGGUAUAACUACAGAAUUCGAAAUUAUUGGAAGUCUAAAGGAAUUGUUCAAGUGAAACCUCAAUCAAUAUUUGGAGCAUUUUUAGAUAUUGUAAAAAAGCCUGUACAUGAGCUUGAGAUUCAGAGGUACAAAAAAUAUGGUUCCCUUUAUGGUUAUUUUGAGGGAUCUCUUCCAGUAUUGUCUGUUGGUGAUCCUCAACUCAUACGAAAGAUUAUCGUUAAAGAUUUUAACUACUUCACUGAUACUUGGACAUUUGAUACUGGAGAUGAAAUUGCCGAAUCAACUAUUCAGAUGCUUCAUGGUGAAGAGUGGAAAAAAGUCAGAAGCAUUAUUGCUCCAAAUUUCAGCACACUCAAAGUAAAACAGAUGUCUGAAAAAGUUAAAUAUUGUGCAGAUGAAUGCGUCAAAAACUUCGAUGCUUUUGCAAAAAUUGGACAGCCCGUAGACGUAAAAAAAUUUUACAAUGCAUUUACAAUGGAUGUUAUCACAAAUACUGCGUUCUCAUUGAAAACAGAUUCUCAAAGAAACCCAAGCAAUGCCUUUGUUAAAAAUGCAACCGAUUUGUUCGAAAAAGGCAUAAACUGGAGAUAUAUUUUAUACCUUUUGUUUCCACAACUAUUUAAACUGCUUAAAGUUUCAGUCUAUGAACCAAAAGCAACGGAGUUUUUCGUGAAUGUCACAAACGAAGUGGUACGAGAACGAAGACGGAGCAGUUUAAAAUCGGAUGACUUUCUUCAGUUUAUGAUGGACAAUACUGAUGAGCAAAAUAACAAACGUGAAGCUCGUAGAAAAAGUUUAUCAGAACAGGAGUUAGUGUCACAAUGUGUCUUCUCAUUUUUGGCUGGAUUCGAAACAACUGCCAUCACUUUAUGUUUCAUUACAUAUUUCUUGGCGCUUUAUCCGGACAUUCAAGAGAAACUCAUCGAAGAAGUAGAUGCAAUUAUGACAAGUCAUAAUGGAAAUAUUACAUAUGAAGUAAUCCAAGAAAUGCAAUAUAUGGACCAAGUUAUUUCUGAAACUAUAAGACUUUGUCCUCCAACAGUUAGGUUGGACAGAGUAUCUGUCAAAGAUUACCAGAUUGAAGAUACGGGUAUUGUUAUACCCAAGGGAACUAUCAUUUUAAUUCCAAUUAUUGCCAUCCAAAGAGACGAGAAAUAUUAUCCAGAUCCAGAAAAAUUUGACCCUGACAGAUUCAGCCCUGAAGAAAAGUCAAAGAUAGAUCCUUUUACCUAUUUGCCUUUCGGAGCAGGACCCAGACAGUGCAUUGGCAUUAAAUUGGCACUUUUAGAAGCAAAAAUUUGCUUAGCAUACGUAUUAAGUCAUUUUAGAGUUAAAAGAUGUUCACAAACGAAGGAACCAUUGGAAUAUAACAACGGUGUUGGCUUUCUUCAUCCUAAAGAAGUUUUCGUAAAUUUAGAAAAGCGGGAAGAUUGUCCAUUAUCCUUACACUUACAAAAAUGAGAAUUUCUUUCCCAUAAGAAACAUUUUUUCUCAUUGAAUUUCUUCACCUCCAUUCAUUG